AUGUCCGUAUAACUGCUGAAGUGCGCUUUUACUCUGUUAUUUAAUUUUGUGGGCUUGCAACAGUUGCACGGAAAGUUUCAGACGAAAGACAAGAUGAAAGCCGUACUGAUCUUAGCAAUCGUAGCGUGUGCCGUAGCUCUGGCAUACGGCGACCUUGUCUGCGGUUCCAGCUAUUGUAAGCAGAACCCUUGCUCUACGAAGCUACCCUCAUCAAGCUGCAGUCCACCUGCCACUUUCCGUGCCCAGCAUGCUGGCAAAUGCGCUUGCUGCCCAGCCUGCGUAACCUUAUUAUCUGAAGGAGCAGCAUGCAAGACGUACAGCAAAGAACUUGGAGAGACUCCGUCCGCCAUAUGCAAAGAACCCCUCAAAUGCCUUACUGGAGUUUGCACUAAAGUCACUCCCAGAGGUUAAAAUGCCUUUAAUAUUAAAAUAUUCAAAGCGAGCUACAAGCAUCGUAACACAUUAUAUAUACCUAUCUACGCGACCUCGUGUUGCAAACACUUUACUCUCAAAACUAACUAACCAUCUUACGAAUAAAACUUUUGGCACUUCCGAUUAAUACCUAUAAAAACGCAUCGGGACAUCAUUAUUAGUAUUUAUUUAAAUAUUAGCACUUUAAAUAUUACACUAUAAAGAGUAUGUGUACAUUUAUUUUUUUAAUAAAAGCGAGUUCCAAAUAUUACCUGUCACCUGCUGGUGUCAACUAUGUUACAGUGUAAAAUACUAUAUCUUCUAAAUAAACUACACUCUGAAUAAAUGUUAAAUGUUAAAUGGUAAUAAUGUGAGUUGUUCACAAAGAACUAGUAACACAAUAAACUUAACGAUGACUUAAAAUUGAAAAACUUGAACAGAAUCCGUGCCUCUGUUAAUCAUUUUUAAUCUUAAUGUAAUUUUGUUAACCUGAUUACGUAGUUUUAAUAACAGUGCUAAGUUUCUCGA